AUGAGAUUAAUAGUGAUUUUAUGCACUUCAGUAGCAGUGUGUUUGGGCAGUGCAAUUCCUCGAAUACCAGGGGAUAACAGUCACUAUGUAGAGGGCGAAAGCCGCUACAUCUGGAUGCCUGAUGGCAAUGGUAACCCUCAUCUAGUAGAUCUUCACGCUCCUGCAGAUGAAGAUUUUCUGGUGAACAGAAAUGGAGCUCGUAAUGAAUAUUGGCUUUUCACCAGACAAAACCCCACAAGCCGCCAAGUACUAGUAAAUGGAAACGCAAACUCAAUUCAUAACUCCAACUACAGAGGAAACCGACCAACCAAAGUCGUAGUGCAUGGAUGGAACAGUGACGGCAACACGAACAUGAACCCUCUUAUAACGUCAGCAUUCCUUGCCGUCUCAGAUGUCAAUGUCAUUAUUCUUGACUGGAGAAGUUCUGCUUCAGGAUUAUAUACCACCUCAGUACGUGCUGUUCCCGAUGUAGGUGUACAUCUCGCUAAUUUCCUUACUUUCCUUUUCAACACCGCUGGGGGCAACUGGGGCAAUGUUCACUUGAUUGGCCACAGCUUGGGCGCUCACGUAGUUGGAAACGCAGGCCGCGCGGCUCCAACACGCCCUACUCGUGUGACUGGCCUCGACCCCGCUGGACCUCAAUGGGGAGGAAAUUCAAACGCUUUGAACCGCAACUCGGGUGUGUACGUUGAGUCUAUCCACACGGAUGGUGGUCUACUCGGUAUCAUGGAUCCUAUUUCCCACGGUGACUUUUAUCCCAAUGGUGGUAGAAACCGUCAACCCGGAUGCACAACUAGUUUGUGCUCUCACAGUCGCGCACCAGAAUUAUUUGCUUCCUCUGUUAGGACAAACCACUUAGUUGGAAGACUUUGUAAUAAUUUUUGGGAAGCUGAAAACGUUCAAUGUUCGGGAGCCGCACUUAACCUUGGAAACGGCAACUUAAAUAAACGAGGGCAAGGACUGUAUGGACUAAGAACAGGGAGCGCGUGGCCUUUU